ACUUUUUUUAUCACUCCAUUGAUGGCUGCUUGAUCUCAGAGGUAUCCUGCAACAACGACAAUCGCAACCAUGUCUGCCGCUACUGAUAAGGCACGCUUCUUUCUAGAAAAGUCAGUACCUGAACUGAAAGAGUAUGAAAGAAAGAAAAUUUUCAGCAAGGAUGAGAUCACAGCGAUCAUCAAGAAACGGUCGGACUUUGAGCACAAGCUCAAUGCUCGCGGUGCUCAACCUUCCGACUUUGUACGAUAUGCAGAAUACGAGAUGAACCUGGACACCCUCCGACGCAAAAGGGUGAAGCGACUCGGUAUUCGCGGUGCGGGAUAUUCUGGCCAGCGGCGGAUUUUUUUCAUCCUGGAUCGCGCAACUCGCAAAUUCCACGGCGAUAUUGGUUUAUGGAUUCAAUACAUUGAAUAUGCUAGGGCGCAGAAAGCUUUCAAAAAACUUUCCACGAUCUUCGACGAUGUCCUACGACUACACCCAACAAAUGUGGAUCUGUGGAUAUAUGCAGCGCAAUAUGCUUUGGAUGACCAUGCAGAUAUGACGCAGUCGCGAAGCCACAUGCAACGUGGGCUACGGUUCUGCAAGAACUCUAGGAAGCUAUGGAUUCACUACGCGAAGCUAGAAUUGAUCUAUACAGCCAAGCUUGUUGCCCGGCAGCGCAUCCUGGGUCUUGACAAAGAGAUUGAAGCCCCGAAACCGAUGCCAGAUGCUUCCUUUGAAGAUCCUAACGCCGACAUGAUUGCGCUACCACAGAUCACCGGUGAAGAUAUCAAUCCGAGCGCUGGAGAUAAUAAUGGAGUGGACCAAGUGGCGUUAGAGAAUCUUCGCUCAACACCUGCAAUGAGCGGUGCUAUCCCUUUGGCCAUUUUUGAUACCGCAAUGAAAAACUUUGAACAAGAUGCCAAAUUCGGACGGGAGUUCUUCGACAUGGUCGUGGAGUUUCCUGACUUGCCAUGCUUACGCAAAAUCUUGGAGCAUGUUGUCAAUGCGCUGCAGCAGUCCAGUCCUACCAGUCAUCAUACGCAAAUCUGCUAUAUCAAACUUCCUACCACCGGAGUGCAGCCCACGUCACCCGAUUUUCCGCGGGCUUUGAUUACGUCCUUUGCCCGGUUGAAGGAGCACCGCGAGAACCCCAAUGUCGCAAAGGAGGUUAUUAACUGGCUGCAGCCCUUGGAGAACGCAGAAGGUUUGGAUCCAUCUCUGCAAAAGGCUAUUACUGCCACGGUCCGCAAUGCGGAGCGUGUGCUAUAGCCUUAAGAGCUGGCGGCUCCUCGUUUAUUCUAAUUGUUCGUACCUGUUUACUUCUCCGCUGUCAUGCAAAGGCGCAUAUUGGAGUUCAUCAUCGCACAUGGGUGGUUCAGAUAAAAGUUAGCUCUUCGCCAAUCAUUCAUCAAAUUUACUACCCCGUCGAUUGCUCUUUUUGCUGCUGUGCAGUUUCUUAGACUUGAUUCUGGCUUCGUUUUCAGCCUUCCUCAAUUUGUGUACCCGGUCUCUUUGUUCCUGAGAUGUCUCCCCAGGAAUGGCAUCUGUUGCAGUAGCUUUAAGUAACUGAUGUAAUUUCUCGUAACACGACUCCACAUUGGCGGCUUGUUUCCGCGACUCUUCCGACUGUAUGACUAGACUCUGCGAUCUCUCGGCGAAGUAUCGUGAUGAUCGUAGUGAACGGUGUAAGAUUCGAGGCACAAGCGGUAAGAGAGAAUGAAGAGGCACUUUUAGAGUAGCUUUUGAGUUCACCUUGUUCACGUUCUGCCCCCCAGGACCACCGGAACGA